GUGAGCUGUGAUUGGUCACAGCUUGUCACAUGGUACAAGGCUGUUGUGAAUAGCCUUGUACCAUGUGACUUCUAUGAUCAUUCACAGAUUUCACACGUAGUAAGCAAUGAUGUCAGAAGUGACAUCUUGCUUACUACUUUGCAUGUGAUCACUGAUUGGCCAAUCAGUGAUCACAUGACCGGGACCUCGUACAGAGGUCCCGUCCGACGAUCGGUGUUUCACUGUGUCCAGAGGACACAGCGGGCACCGGAUCGCGGUGCCGCGCACUCCCAGGGAGCGUGCACAGGCAGUGGAUGUGUUUAGAA